AUGACUUUAACAAAACCUUCUCUUGAUUUAAUUCGCCGGCUUAUUCCUCCACUUUCAUAUGAACUACAUAAAGGACAAUCCGGCCGAGUCUGUGUUAUUGGUGGCUCUGAAGAUUAUACAGGAGCCCCGUAUUUUAGUGCGUUUUCAGCUUUGAAACUCGGGGCUGAUAUGGCACAUAUUGUCUGCCAACCGACAGCUGCGAUUUCUAUAAAGUCCAAUAGCUUAUGUUUUCAUUAUGUUAUAGAUUUAAUGGUACAUCCUUAUAUGCGCAUAUCUGAAAAUACUCCUGAUUUAAUUCCCAAAGAGAUAAUAGAUAAUGUGACAUCGCUUUUUAAACGCUUAAACGUGCUGGUUAUUGGGCCUGGGUUAUCAAGAGAUAAGAUGAUGUUGGAGUGUGCUAAAGGUAUCAUAUUAAAAGCCAAAGAACAAAAUAUUCCAUUAAUUAUUGACGCGGAUGGAUUGUUUCUUAUUCAAAAUUACCCCGAUCUUGUUAAAAAUUAUUCCGAGGCAAUUUUGACACCAAAUGUGAAUGAAUUUAGACGUCUUUGUGAGACAAUGGGGAUAGAAUUUGAAGAUGACCAUGAAAAAUUAACUAAAAACUUAAGCCGAGCUUUCGGUGGAGUAACCAUUGUCCGAAAGGGUAAAAAUGACAUAAUUUCUAAUGGCAAUUCAACAUUUUUGGUCGAUAAUAAAGGUGGCCUUAAACGUUGCGGUGGACAAGGUGAUAUUCUCACUGGGCUUAUUUCCACAUUUAUAGCAUGGGGCGUAGCAUAUAAAAAAAAUAUAUGGGAGCAUGAUAAUUCCAUAACAUCCUCAGAUAUUCCAAUGUUGGCUAGUUUUGCGGGAUGCACACUUAUGAGAGAAUGUUCAUGGGCCGCUUUCGAGAAAUUUGGACGUUCUGUUCAAACAUCCGAUAUGAUCCCGGAAAUUGGACCAUCUUUUCAACGCUUGUUUAAAAA